UUUACAACUAGUGUCAUGCAAACGUACAUCCGCCCGAUAUUCACAUUCGCUGGAUUCCUCUUCCCCCGGAUGAGAGAGGCAAUCAGCGCCCUAGGCACUCUCACCCAAGCCGCGGAUGCAGCAGUCGAGAACCGUGUCCUGGCCGAAAAGCGCGGCAAUGAACAAAAGCCCGAUAUACUAUCCGAAGCGUUCAAGGUAUAUCAUGAGCAGGGAGAGAAUCCGCAUUAUAAUCUUGUGGAUGUGAAGAUGGAGGCUUUUGGCGCGUUCUUCGGAGGGAGUGACACCACUGCGAUCGCAUUGUCUGCGACACUGCAUAAUAUCAUCAAGAACUCACACAUCUACACCACCCUAGUGGAGGAGAUCAAUAACGCGACUGUGAACGAUGAACUGAAUAUUCCUCGUCUCACUUAUCAUGAAGCGGUGAAACUUCCCUAUCUCAACGACUGCAUUAAAGAGGGAAUGCGACUCCAUCCCAGUGUGGGCUUGCCGCUUCCUCGCCAGGUGCCCAGGGAGGGGAGACAGGUCGGGGGCUACUGGAUCCUGGGUGGUGUUCGUAUUGGCAUGAAUCCUGCAGUGACUCAAGUAGAUCCGUCUAUCUUUGGGAAGGAUGCGAGCACCUUUAAUCCGGACCGGUGGCUUGGUCCUGGAGCAGAUGAGUUGAACCAGUACAUACUUCAGUUUGGCGCAGGAUCAAGAACAUGCAUGGGCAAGCAUAUUGCCCUCUGCGAGCUCUACAAGGUCAUUCCCGAAUUACUCCGAUCCUUCCAUCGGAAGCUGUCCGGUGAAGAACUGCAAAAUACCUCAUACUGGCUUUAUAGCCUGGACAAGGUUAAUCUGAAAGUUAAGCGUCGAAGAUCGUCGAUCCCUGCAGCCGUGGAAUGCUAA